AAUUCGUCGAUGUGUUUGUUGCUGGGCGAAUUCGCAAGUCGCAAAGGGCGAAAUUAUUAUUUAUUAUAAUUACUUACAACAAUAUUGUAGUAAAUUACUACAAAAAUUCUGGAUAAUGUGCCUACUUUGAUGUCUAAGACGUAAACAUUGGGACGACAGCUUUAAACAUCUGAUAUUGACGGCGUCGGCAACAGGAGAAAUUUUCCAUUUCCCGAAAGUGAAAACUGCAAUAAAAAACAACAAAGACAAAGGGGCGAAGCGAGGACGAUGACCGAGAGCUCAACAAAGGCUGCGUCUGUCGCUUUGUUCAAUAAUUCAAUUGUACAUAAUAAUAGUUGGGAAUCACCUAGGACCAAGAUGAGCAUUCGCACCCGGGCAUUAGUUUUUGCCACAUUCUUUGGCAGCUGUUUGGCUAUUGGUUUGUUGUUAGUUAGCAUGACCACUAAUCAUUGGGUGCGAGCAAAUCCACGGCGCGGGAACUCGACGGAGGCGAACGGUGACGUCAACUUUGGUCUGUUCUAUGGCAAUCAGCAUCUGAAUCCUGGCUUUGGAGUACGCACCUAUCAAGUCGAUGUGUAUGAUUUUAUUCGCACGGAGAACGGCGACACGAGCUUUUGGCUUUGGCUGCUCACCACCCUGGGCACAGGUUUUGGUCUUUUGGCCUGUGCCGUGGCUGCCAUAGCCUCUGUUUUAAAGGCUGCUUCGGCGGCCAAGCGCGGUGGCACUAUGGUUUUGCUUUUGGCUUCCAAUAUAGCAGCGGCAGGCGCUCAAGUUGUCGCCUUUGUGGCCUGGCUUGUGCAGUUCUAUAACUAUCUCAUACACAACGUACUGCUGACUGUACACCAGCAACAACAUUGGUAUAGCAAUGGACUCGCCUAUCUGGGCUAUAGCUUCUACCUGGUCGUUAUCUCGACCCUAGUGGUAUUAAUUAACAUAACCUUAAUAUUGUAUGCCAAACGACGUGAGCAUCGAGAUCUUCAUCGCCUGGAGCCACCCAGUGAAGAUAAGAAUCGGACGGUCAUAAUGUUGUACUAGAGCGCUGGAAAGCGGACACUCUCCGAAAUAAACCUCAACUCGAAACUAUUUGGGAACAAAGCAAGAAAAGAAAUCUCAGCGGCUUAUCUCAGCGAUCUGUGCCUUUUCGCUUGCCACUUUUACUGAAAUUAUACUUAAAUAUCAAAUAUAUAUAUGUAUAUAUAUAUAUACUUGUUUAGUCUAUGAAUCUCCAUGCAAUGGCAGACAACUUCGAUGGAACAGACUCGUAUUUUAUGCAUUUUUAUACUCAAAAGUAUUUUAUAUAACCUACAUACUUAACUUUUUUUACUAUCUUGCAUAAGAAAUGUAAAAAACAAAGUCAUUGUUUACAUAUGCGUAUUGUUAAUCCAAGCGCUCCCUGAAAGUUUUAUAAAAAUAUAUAUGAUUAAACCAAA